CAGCCAAAAAGCAAAAGAUGGUUCAGCACUAGUAAGAAGACUGCACAUACAAGCCAUGUUGUGAAUAUGAAAAGAAAAAGUUGUGUUGUUAUGUGUGUUUGUGUUUGUGUGCCUUGUGAAUAAUUGAUUGGUAUGUGAAGGGUCUUUUGGGGCGUUUACUUCAAAAUAUUCCUGAACCAGCAUUCAACCGUACACAUUAUUUGAUACUCUAAUAAUCAUCCAUAUAGUCAUAGACUAUAGGCUACAGUUUGUGUUGCUGUUACUGAAACAUACACAUGCAGCAGACACAGCUCAAUCACAAGUUCUCUAAUCUUUUCUAACGGAUAGAAAGAAAAAAAAUAAUAUGGUUUCUGAAAACUCUAUUCCUUCUUCUAAGAGCUCUUCCACAACUCCUAAAUUUUGCAACUCUUAUACAACUAGGAUUUUUGCUGAUGUUGCUGGUGACAUUACAAUUGUUGUUGAUGGAGAGUCAUUUCUGCUGCAUAAGUUUCCCUUGGUUACCUUAAGUGGAAAGAUCCGGAAGAUGGUAGCUGAAGCCAACAAAGGCUCAAAUGUUUCAAACUUGGAGCUCCUCAACUUUCCAGGAGGACACCAGACAUUUGAACUUGCCAUGAAGUUCUGUUACGGUAUGAAUUUCGAGAUCACAACAUUCAAUGUUGCCCGACUGCAUUGUGCAGCUGAGUAUCUAGAAAUGACAGAUGAAUACCGGGAGCAAAACCUCGUUUCGAGAACAGACAUUUAUCUGCAUGAGAUUGUCUUUGAAAAUCUUCAGAAGUCAGUGGAAGUUCUAUCUACCUGUGAGAUGUUACCUCUAAAUAUAGUGGAGGAGAUAGAAAUAACAAAAGGGUGUGUGGAAGCAAUUGCAAUGAAUGCUUACAAAGAGCAACUAGUUUCUGGUUUAUCUAGAUUAGAUUGUGAUGAAUCAAAGGAACUAAAGGAGGACUAUGUGGCAUGGUGGAUUGAAGAUCUCUCAGUACUGCGUAUCGGUUUCUACCAAAGAGUUAUAUGCGCCAUGGGAAGAAUGGGGGUUAGAUCAGACAACAUUAUAGCUUCACUGAUGCAUUAUGCUCAAACAUCAUUGAAGGGUAUUGGAAAGUGUCAAUUCACGAAUCCAUCAAGGACAAAUUCAAGUCCAACAAAUAUAGAAAAAGAUCAGAGAACAAUCGUCGAAACUAUUGUUAGUCUCAUGCCAACAGAUAAAAGCUCUUCCAUCAUUCCCUUGACUUUCUUGUUUGGCAUGUUAAAGAUGGCUAUCAUGUUGGGUGCCACCAUUCCAUGUAGACUUGAGCUUGAAAGAAGGAUAGCAUUAAGGUUGGAAAUGGUUUCACUUGAUGAUCUUCUUAUACCAUCUCUUCAGAGUGGAGACUCCUUGUUUGAUGUAGAUACAGUUCACAGGCUACUGGUGAAUUUCUUGCAGCGGAUUGAAGAGGAAGAAACGGAAGACUAUGGUUAUGAAUCCGACGGUGUUGGUUCUAAUUGCCAUGGUUCUCUGCUAAAAGUAGGACAGCUCAUUGAUGCUUUUUUAGCAGAAAUUGCUCCUGAUCCUUACUUAACUCUACAGAAAUUCAUUGCUUUGAUUGAGAUACUUCCCGAUUACGCUCGUGUCAUCGAUGAUGGCCUUUAUAGAGCUGUCGACAUUUACUUGAAGGCACAUACAACAUUAACAGAACAAGAAUGCAAGAAACUUUGCAAGUUUAUAGACUGUCAGAAGCUGUCUCAAGAAGCAUGCAACCAUGCUGCCAUGAAUGACAGGCUUCCACUGCAGAUGGUAGUACAAGUCUUGUAUUUUGAGCAGCUGAGAUUGAAAAAUGCCUUCUCAGGGAGUUCAGGAGACGGGCUGCUAUCACAGAGAAUAAGCAGUGGUGUUCCAAGUGCAGCCAUGUCACCUAGGGACAACUAUGCAUCUAUGCGGAGAGAGAACCGAGAACUGAAGCUGGAGAUUUCAAGAUUGAGGGUGAGGCUGAGUGAGUUGGAGAAGGAGCAAAUGUCCAUGAAACAAGGCAUGAUUGAUAAGGCAGGAAAUGGAAAAACUUUUUUUACCUCACUUUCUAAGGGGAUAGAAAGAAUUGCAAACUUUAGUGGUCAAAGUGGAGGAAAGCGGCAGAAAUCAAGUAGGAAGUCUCGGGGGACAGAGGGGAAAAAUGGUAGGAGUAGGAGAUAUUCUGUCUCAUAGAUAUUCAAACAAAUACUCUAAUAUCACUCACUGUGUAUUUAACUUUCCAUAACUUCUCAUAUCAUUGGAUACUGUUUCAUAACAUUGGUAAAUAUCUUUGUCCAUUGCCAAAA